GACCCGCUGUGUCAUAUAUUAGGUGAGGGAUAGGAGUAGAAAAUACAUUAACAGACUGCAUUGACAAAACAUGUCACAUAGCGUUUUGCUGAUCUUGUUGAAACUAUGUAGGGUUUUGUUUAAAAUCCCCUGUCCAAACAUUUCAAAGAGCUAAUGAUAAAGGGAAGGAGUUACAGCAUGAUACUACCACACAGUUGUGGGUCUGCAUUCACAACAAUCAAUCAGAAACAUUGUCAUAAACAGAGUUAUAGAGGGCCUGUGUACAUUUAGCAUUGAAUCAUCACAUACCAUAUUGAUAUAAACACUGCCAUCUACUGGAAGGAAGUCCAAAAAGGUCUGAAACCAUUUUGGCUUAAAUCCAAACAAAACAGACAAAAACAGACAUAACAAAUGAAUCUCAAAUGCUGUCCAACUUUUAACUGACAAUAACAAUGUAGGGAAGUUAACACAAAACAUAAUCAACCAUCUGGAGACAUGUUAACUUGAGGACCAUUGAUAAUUAAAGUUUUACAUGUUUCUUACAUGACCUAAUGAGGAAAUAAAUGCAUCAAAAUAGAUUUGACUUCAGCAUUCAGUUCGUGAUAAAAACUGUUGGUGAAUAAUAAGAAAAAAAAACAUAUUUUGUCACCUCAGAGCCAUGCUGUUUACCUGUGUAGAAGCUAAAACAUUAAAAACCUUCCGUCCCUGCUCUUAUCUCAAGCUGCAGACUUGUGUUACACCACGCCUUGUGUGGGAUGGACCACUCGCAAGGCCUGCAGCCAAACACCAUUACAGAAGAAACUAAUGAGUCUGUUUUUAUUAGUCUCAAGACUGAUAUAACCACCUUCGGCUUCACCCUAGGAUAGGAAAUAAUCAGUGAAUAAGAAUGACAAGAGGAGAAAUUGCCAUUCUUUUUCUGUCUUUAUUGUUCGUGUGGUCACUGCCUGAAUGCGACAAGGAUCCAAGCUGCCUCAAAGAGAACCAGCAAGUUUUUAGUUCAUCUACAACAGAAAUUCCUCCCACGCUGAGAGCAGGUGUGACGGAGGUUUUCUUCGUGGGUAGCAAGCUAAAGACGAUCCCCAAAGCAGCCUUUGCUAAUAGCCCCCAGCUUGAAAAGGUGGAGUUCAUGAACACUGCAGCCUCAUCUAUUGAACCAGGAGCCUUUGAAGGUUUGGUAUCCCUCAAGCACGUUGAGAUCUCCUCAACUCCAUUGAUGUCAAUUCCAGUGGGAGUUUUUAAAGACCUAAGCAACCUGGAGAAGAUUAUACUGAAGUUAAACAAGCUCCGUAGUUUGGAGAGAGGCUUGUUUGACGGCCUUAAAAAAGUAAAAGAGAUCCAGUUACAUGGGAACGAGAUCGUAUCGAUCGAAGAUGGGACAUUUGAUGGUCUUGAGAACCUUAUUUCACUCCAUUUAGCUAAAAACAACAUCUCUGCCGUAUCUACCAACUUGUUCUCAAACCUUAACAAAUUGCAAAUAUUACGGCUUUAUGAGAAUCAGCUGACCACCAUUCCUGAGGACAUUUUUCAGAAUUUACCAAACUUGACUGAAAUUGCCUUGCAGAGCAACAAAAUAGCAGAAUUAUCACCCAACCUAUUUCCACAUAAAGACAAACUAAGGAAGAUCAUAUUGGACAAUAACCUCCUAACUAGUUUACCUCAAGGAUAUUUUCUUGACUUCCCUCUGCUUAAAACUCUGACGCUGCAAAAGAAUAAACUAACAAGUCUACCACCAGUGCUUUUUGGAAAACUGCCUAAACUGACUGACUUGAGCCUCAGUCAAAACAGUCUCAGCACUCUUCCUAAAGGAAUAUUCAGCCAGCUGAAGGAAUUUAAGAAGCUAGACCUGUCUAAAAAUCACUUUGUCACCCUAUCUGCUGAGUACUUUGAAGGCCCUGAGAAGCUCAUAGAGCUGAAUCUAAUGAACAACAAGAUAAAGUCGCUGGAUGCAGAUGUGUUUGAAAAGCUGCAGUCACUGGUAACACUAAAGUUAGCUCAUAACGACCUCCAGAUGCUCCCUGGGGAUAUUUUUGAGCCUUUAACAAAACUGAAAAAACUCCACCUCAGUGAAAACCCUUGGCACUGUGACUGUAAUCUGAUUUCUUUCCAUAUCUGGAUAAAAGCAAACGCUUAUAAGCUUGUGUCCCCUGUGGUGUGUGAGUAUCCAGAAGGUUUAAAAGGGCAAGAAAUCAAAUCCUUAUUAGAGGAUCAAUUGAUUUGCCCCAUCCUUCCCUCCACAACUACCUUAAUCUCCACCACCAAGACAACAACUGCCACAACCAUGACACUCCCAACCACAACACUACCAACUACACAACCAGCAACCACCAUACUUCCUACAACAACACCACUUCCUACAACACCAACCAGCACAACACCUCCAACGUCCACAAUACUCCCAACCACACAACCAACGACCACCAAAUUUACUAUAACAACAGCAACAACCACAAGACCAACUACAACUGUACCAACCACAGCCCACUCCACCACACCACUAGUCACAACCACCACACCAGUAACAACAACCACUACGACAACAACUGCACCCACAACCACUACGUUAACAACUGCACCAACAACCACUGCGACAACAACUGCACCCACCACCACUAUUACAACAACUGCACCCACCACCACUAUUACAACAACUGCACCCACCACCACUAUUACAACAACUGCACCCACCACCACUAUUACAAAAACUGCACCCACCACCAUUAUUACAACAACUGCACCCACAACCACUAUUACAACAACUGCACCCACAACCACUACGACAACAACUGCACCCACCACCACUAUUACAACAACUGCACCCACCACCACUAUUACAACAACUGCACCCACAACCAUCAUAACAACUGCACCCACAACCACUAUAACAACAACUGAACUCACAACAAGUAUAACAACAACUGAACUCACAACAAGUAUAACAACAACUACACCCACCACCACUAUGACAACAACUAUACCCACUACCCUAACACCAAGCACUACCACAACAAUUACGUCCACAACUUCACCUACACCAGCAUUGCCCACAACCACCACCCUCUGGACAACCCAACCAACCACCUCCCAGACAACGCCUCCUCCACCAACCACUCCAGUAAUCCUCACCUGUUCAGUGGAACCAGUCUCCCAGGUCUCUUCCGUCACGUCUCCCCACCACAGAAACAAAGGUCAGCAGUGCAAGUCUCAGAUGAUGAUCUACACCGCCUUGCUGGUUGUGGAGAUCACCUGCACAUUGGUGCUGGCUAAGUUCACCCUGGCUCUAUACUUUCUGCUGCAGAGAAGAAAGAAGAUGUGCCACAGAGUCAAACUCACGCGCUUCUCCUACAGGAGAGAGGUCAUUCUGAGGCCUGUACAAGAGGCAGAGACUCAAGGACUUUGAAAAAAACAACAUUCUUUGAGAGAAAGUUAAUAAAGGGAGCUCCUCUCCCAGGCAAAAAAACCCUGCUCCUGAAGCUCCAGAAACUGCUCGUCAGGAGUCCUCCCAUUUUUUUUUUUCUCCCCAAAAUCAGUGGUUUUCUGUUAUGUUUCUAUGAAGAACAAUCCCCCAAGUCAUAAACUGAUGAAGAGGCAGAGUGAAAAUCACUGAGCAGGAGUCCGGUGUUUGGUCAGUCUGUCUCUUUGUCUGAUAGCUAAUUUUAAAUACAUUAAUUAAGCCUACUAUUAGAUAGUAACACAGGAACAGAGCAAGUGGCCAGAUUCAUUAACGCAGUACACGUGUGUGUGUGUGUGUGUGUGUGUGUGUGUGUGUGUGUGUGUGUGUGUGUGUGUGUGUGUGUGUGUGUGUGUGUGUGUGUGUGUGUUAUAUAUAUAUAUAUAUAAGUAUAUAUGAAGUGAUAUUUGUCAUGACUCAUCUCUGGCAUGUUAAGCAAACCUAUACAGAUAAAUGUUGAGGCACUAGAUGACUUGGACUGUGAGCUUGGUGCAUUUUUAAAAUGUAUCGUAUUAAUGAUCAUCAAUAAACAAUAAAUAGUCAUUAAUAUAAUCUUCUGUU